AUGGAGUUUUCUACAGUCCCUGCUAUCCCCUUGGCCAAAAGAGAUGCUUGGCCAAAGGAUGUGGGCAUCCUUGCCCUGGAGGUCCAUUUCCCAGCCCAAUAUGUGGACCAAACAGACAUGGAGAAGUUUAACGAUGUGGAGGCAGGGAAGUACACAGUGGGCAUGGGCCAAACCCAGAUGGGCUUCUGCUCAGUCCAGGAGGGCAUCAACUCCCUGUGCCUGACGGUGGUGCAGCAGUUGAUGGAGCUGACACAGCUCCCGUGGGAAUCUGUGGGCCGGCUGGAAGUGGGCACUGAGACCAUCAUUGACAACUCCAAGGCUGUCAAAACAGUGCUCAUGGAGCUCUUCCAGGAUUCAGGCAACACUGACAUUGAGGGCAUAGACACCACCAGUGCCUGCUACGGUGACACUGCCUCUCUAUUCAGUGUUUCCAACUGGGUGGAGUCCAGCUCCUGGGAUGGGCUUAGAGCAACCCACAUGGAGAAUGUAUAUUAUGACUUCUACAAAGCAGAUAUGACUUCAGAGUGCCCACGAUUGGAUGGGAAGCUCUCCAUCCAGCGCUACUUACGGGCGCUGGACCGAUGCUACAUGUUAUACAGUCAAAAGAUCCAGAACCAGUGGGAGCAAGCUGGCAUCGAUCGACAUUUCACUCUUGAUGAUUUACAGUUUAUGAUCUUUCACACACCCUUCUGCAAGAUGGUCCAGAAAUCCCUGGCUCACCUGAUGUUCAAUGACAUUCUGUUAGCCAGUGGCAACACACAGACCGGCCUCUAUAAGAGGCUGGACGCCUUCAGGGGGCUAAAGCUGGAAGACACCUACACCAAUAAGGACGUAGAAAAAGCAUUUCAAAAGGCCUCUCUAGACAUGUUCAACAAGAAGAGCAAGGCCUCCCUCUACCUCUGCACACAGGGGAAUAUGUACACUUCAUCCCUGGAUGGAUGCCUGGCCUCACUUCUGUCCCCUCACUCUGCCCAGGACUUGGCUGGCUCCAGGAUUGGUGCCUUCUCUUAUGGCUCUGGCUUAGCGGAAAGUUUCUUUUCAUUUCGGGUGUCCCAGGAUGCUUCUCCAGGUGAGCUCCCCCCACCCCUGGAGAAGCUGGUAUCCAGUACCUCAGACCUGCCAAAAUGUCUCGCCUCCCGGAAGCGUAUGUCUCCUGAGAAGUUUACAGAAAUAAUGGACCAAAGAGAACAAUUCUACCACAAGGUGAAUUUCUCACCACUUGGUGACCAAAACAGCCUUUUCCCAGGCACUUGAUACCUGGAGCAAGUGGAUGAAGGGUAUCACCGAAAGUAUGCCCGGCGUCCGGUCUAA